CCACGCCCACACAGUGAAUCGCCUCUCCUGAUACAGCCUGGGGGCUGAGCCUCUGGCGCCGACGUCAUGUAGUGGGAGGGGCUACAUGUCUUGUCACCCAGCAUUGGAGAUCACGGGCAGUCUUCCCCAGACCACUCUGGAAAGGGGCCCAGGGAAUUGAGAAUGCACCCUCGACAAUGCUAGGGGUACAAUGGGCAGUGCCGCUCUCCGCUGUUUCUGCUAUGGGUGCCUCUUCACCUCCGUGACCUGGACACUUCUGCUGUUUAUUUAUUUCAACUUUAGCGAGGAGAGCCAAGGCGUCAGAUAUGUGCCCAUCAAGGGGCUAGAGCCAUACCGACCACUGCCUAAGAAACCCUACCCCCGCUUCUCCCGGGAGUCCGCUGGCCUGCCUGAUGGGUCCUACAAAGGUCGGGAUAGAGAACCGUUUGGAAACCAUGUUGGGGACUUUGUGGAAACCAAUGGGAAUUUCUCUCCAGAAAUGGGAAUGAUCUUCAAUGAACAAGACCAAAAUGUGCGGGACGUGGGCUAUCAGAAACACGCCUUCAAUGUGCUGAUUAGCAACAGACUUGGAUACCACAGGGACAUCCCAGACACAAGGGAUCCCAAGUGUGCUAAGAAGACCUACCCCUCACAACUGCCCCUCGCCAGCAUCGUGAUAUGUUUUUACAAUGAAGCCUUAUCUGCUCUGCUGAGAACCGUCCAUAGUGUGUUGGAUCGCACACCAGCCAGCCUGCUCCAGGAGAUAAUACUGGUGGAUGAUAACAGUGAACUAGAUGAUUUGAAGAAGGGACUAGAUGACUAUAUUCAGGAAAAUCUCCCGAAAAAGGUCAAAGUGGUGAGAAACAAACAGAGGGAGGGCCUGAUUCGUGGACGGAUGGUGGGAGCAUCUCAUGCCACAGGUGACGUGCUCAUCUUCCUGGACAGUCACUGCGAGGUGAAUGAGAUGUGGUUACAGCCUCUGCUUACUCCCAUCAAGGAAAAUCCCAAGACUGUGGUGUGUCCAGUCAUUGACAUAAUCAGCGCUGACACGCUGAUGUACAGCUCCUCUCCUGUCGUACGUGGGGGAUUUAACUGGGGUCUCCAUUUUAAGUGGGAUCCGGUGCCUCUGUCAGAAUUAGGAGGACCUGAUGGAUUCACUUCACCGUUUAGGUCUCCCACUAUGGCCGGAGGUCUCUUUGCCAUGGACAGGGAGUUCUUUAAUACACUGGGGCAAUAUGACAGCGGCAUGGACAUCUGGGGUGGAGAAAAUUUGGAAAUAUCGUUCCGGAUCUGGAUGUGCGAGGGGAGCUUACUGAUUGUACCUUGCUCCAGGGUUGGGCACAUUUUCCGCAAGAGACGGCCAUAUGGAUCACCUGGGGGCCAUGACACUAUGGCUCAUAAUUCUUUACGGCUUGCACAUGUAUGGAUGGAUGAAUAUAAGGAGCAGUAUUUUGCCCUCCGUCCAGAGCUCAGGAAUAGGGAGUAUGGAGACAUCAGCGAGCGAGUGGCCUUAAGGAACAGAUUGAAGUGCAAGUCAUUUAAGUGGUACCUGGACAAUAUAUACCCCGAGAUGCAAAUUUCUGGACCCAAUGCCAAAGCCCAGCCUCCAGUGUUUGUCAACAGAGGUCAGAAGCUACCAAAAGUCAUACAACGUGGGAGGCUCAUCAACAUGCAGACAAAUCGGUGUCUUGUGGCUCAGGGUCAUCCGAGCCAGAAGGGGGGGCUAGUAGUUGCUAAAGAGUGCGACUUCAAUGAUUCCGACCAGAUCUGGACUUACAAUGAAGAGCACGAGCUUAUCCUGAGCAAUCUGCUUUGUCUGGAUGUGUCCGAGACUCGGUCCUCAGAUCCCCCUCGGCUAAUGAAAUGUCAUGGGUCCGGAGGAUCACAGCAGUGGGUCUUUGGAAAAAACAACCGUCUCUACCAAGUGUCCGUUGGCCAGUGCAUGAAGCUCAUCGAUUCGCUCAGCCAUAAGGGGUACGUGGCUGUGGCAAUCUGUGAUGGGUCACCCUCCCAGCAGUGGCAUCUGGAGAACUGAAAUGUCUGUAACAUGGGCCCAUAGACAAACCCGAAGAGGAUGGAAGUGUUGUUACAAGCCCUAUGCUGCUAUUUUACUAUGGUUCAUUUUAAAGAAUAUUUGCCCAGAAUGUUAACAACAAAGUGUUGUGCAUGUAGGCAACAGGUAAACUCGUAUAUGCAUAGCUAAACAUGCUUCUCAUUACUAAUGUGCAAUUUACCAAGAAGCAUUCUGGGGCAUACGGUAAGAAAUUUUAUGUUUUUUAAAUGUUCAGAAACCCCAGUUGGUCCAAUGAAAGAAUUUUAAAACCAUUGACACUAUUUUAUAUUUUACAUCUUACUGUAAGAUAAGUAUUAAGUACUUUUUAACAAAAUUGUGUAAAGUGUUAUAUUUUAGGCAUUCCCUAUUGCAUUGAUACUGCGUAUACUUUACAUGGCUUGAGGCAUUUUUAAUAAAACGUAAUUAUUACUGUGAACUCUAUUUGUUUAAAAACAGUUAAUUUUUAUUUUCAGUCUGGAAUAUCUGUUUUAAAAGUAGCAUAAUUAUAUUAAAUGACUACAUUAUAAGAAAACUGCAUAUUGAUAUUUGAUUGCCUCUGGCCAGUAGAUUUAUUAAUAGCCUGAGAGAUAAAUAAUGUGGCUUCCCAUUCAUUCAACUUUCCAUCCUACCCUCUAAAAAUGUUAAUUAUAAGGAACCCCAAACUGUCUCAGCACAUUGAUAUUCUGUCUUCACACCCAGGGCGGCAUGUAAUGACGCCCAGGUUCGGUGGCCAUGUGGGAUGCUGGCCAAACUCUGAAUUUUUUUUUUUAAAGUGGCAAUUACUUACAAAGCAUGGUUUUGCAUAGUAAGUGAUUGUCCCUAUAAAAAUAAGUCAGAGUUCGGCUGGCAUCCCACAUGACCGCCGAACUCUGGCGUCAUUACAUCUGGCCCCGUGAUUGAGAAACAAAAAUGUAGGUUUAUACAGGAAAUCUAACAAUCUGAAAGUAUGCAGCGGCAUGCUAUGUGAGCUAUAUUUUCUACGACCAUUAAAACAUUCAGCCAAAACUUGCCUUGUAUCCUAAAUGUCCUUUUUUUUUUUUUUUUUCUUUUUUAAAUUUUUUUAUUUAGAAUGUCAGGUGCCUCCAGUAUUAUAACUGAUGUAAGGCAGGUCAGCCAGUGCGUCACUGUACAUGGGAACUGUAUCACACUGGGGGGGGUGAUUCAGAAGUGGGCGAGUUACGUCUGUGAGUAAGUGUAGUUAUGACGCAUUUACGUUACCGUUGGACUCGCAGAUUUUAGUUUGCAGUCCCAUCGGGCUAUGUGCAUAAAUCCACGAGUCCAGGGCAAGGGAGGUUGGGCAAGUUCAGCUGCUGUUUUUGAUUUUUUUUUUUACACUGUUGCAACGGCAGUACACCCCCCGCAUCACAUAGAAUUUAACCCCUGGAGUUUAACAAUGUGUACUUGUCGCUUGUCUAGGAACAGUGUUUGAGUUAAGCUCACAAUCUGAUUUCCUGGAUUGGGCACAAAUAUAUGUAUACACAUUUGUUUUCUUGAAGGGACUUUAUAUUGAUAAGCUACUUACUAAAUAUCACUACAGAAGAAAAAAGGCAACUUGCUCAAUCCAGUUAUAGCUGGGAUUAGUGCAAGUGUAGGGAAAAACAAAAUCUUAUCCCUCUGUGCUCCGCUGCAAGUCAUGGAAAAGACCAAUUUAAAUGCUGCUGCCGAAAUAAUAGAAGCGGAAAUUACUUUACAAUAUGACGCGCUGAGACAGGGCACAUGAAGAUAAUCUAGCACAGCACUGCUUCCCACUCUCAUUGCCAAUUGUUCUUAUUAGGUUCCUUAUGUUUAAGUAAGGCUUAACAUUACUUUAUAUUUUCAAUUAAUGUUCAAUAAAGAGUAUGGACAGAA